AUGGCGACGGCCGUGGAAGCCGUCGACCCCAUGUCGUCACUCCAGCGGUCCGUCUCCCAGCACAGCAGCGCUUCAUACGCAUCCCACGCCUCCCACGUUUCCCGCACAUCCAACCGCAGCAACUCCAGAAGCACAAGUCUCCGAUGCCCUCGUGGACGAAAGCGACCCAGUCAGCCAGUCAGCUCUGCGAGCAGUGUUGCUGCCAGCGACAAGAGUCUCACCAGCUUCCCUAGCUUUUCGCCCGAUGAGAGACCCGAUAAUGAUGGCUUCGACUUCCAUGACAGCCCUGCCGACGAUACGCCCGUUCCUCAGCCCGCGGUGCCCGAAACUGGCCGUAGUUCAAUCGUCGAUCUUACAGGAGGCUCCGAUGUGCGAAGUGCCUUGUUCGAAGAGGAUCACCCGGUUCGCAAGGUGCCUGGCUCGUUACACAACGCCGACGAUGAGCACCUUCAACGGUUAAUAUCGCGCCACGGCGCCGUUGGACUCAUUAGACAAAUCGCCGAGGACCUCGCCCAACGAGAUGCCCAAAUCUCCAAUAUGCGCCGCCGUGCUGAUGAACGAGAACGUGCUCUACGCAAGAUUAUUCGAGAGUGCGGCCUCUCCAACCUGGAUCUCGAAACUCGGCUGCGGACCGUUGAGGCCGAGCUCCGCGCAGCCGGCAAGGGACUCCGGAGGGAAGAUACCGGCUUAAGCGACCUGAUGAGCGAUGCGAUGCAAGAUACAGUAGGAGUUACAGCAUAUGGCGAGACGAUAGCCAAAAGCUCUACCAUUCGAGCAACCAGUCAAUCUGCCAACACCUCCAGUGAGAACGGCAAGGGCACACUAAAGGGGUGGAAGGAUUAUCUUUGGGGUUCUGGAACAGCGAAACGAGCCAGUCGUACCGGCAGCGUAAACAGCGAAGUCAACCCUGCGACUGUGAUACGAUCACACUCUAGCAUGGAUCGACGGCCAACGUUGCAGGAUGACCUCUUUAACCCCCCAGAUUCGCAGCCAGUCCGCAGUCCAAGUCGAGCCUCCAGUAUUCAGUCAGGCGCUACGAGUGAGCGAAAAGCUUCAUCGUCAAUUGCAAGCAUGGCAUUGCGCUUAGUUGCUGGCGGAGCUAUCAGCACUCGUGAAGCCGAAUCUCGAGGCCGUGCCGCGAGCAACACUUCCGUCAAGGGCGGUUCGCUUCGCGGUGUUUCGACCACAAGCAGUCGUGCGGGUCAGACUCGAGCUACAUCGGUUGCUGGAGGUCCCAAGGCUUUGAUGGCGAUGCGUAGAGCGACACCAGGACCAUCUGCCCAAGGAUCAGGCAGAUCGCAAGAGCAAGAUUCAUGGGGUAGCAUGCGAGGUAGCCCCCCAGACAACUUAUCAUCACGACAAGAGAGCUAUGGGCCUGUUGAGAUGGAUGCUAUUCGGUCACCAGAGUCUCAGCCACCAACAUUAACACAUAUUUACAACAACUUUCCCAAUAGCGAAUACCUAACCGAUCGGUUUGGUUUCAUUUACGAUCAGCGACGCAAGAAACGUCAGCGAGAAGCAGCCCAAGUGGCUCGACAUAUUCGCAAGGGCAGCCGCACAACAGAGAUGCUAGCAAACGGCCGAGCUGGAAUUUCACCCAACGUGUUGGACGAUGUCCCCAGCCCCAAAGGAAGCAUAUCGAGUGAGGGCCGUCCCGAGAGUCUCAACAGCAUGGAGGAUCGCAAUGCGGAAGAGGGCAAAACUAAAAGAUGGACGGAUUAUCUCAAGAUUGCGACCUUUCCCACAGAACUGCUGAGUCACACACCGAGCAUAGCUAUACCAUCGAUAGAAGUGAUGGAGGGAGCUCAAACGCCGGAACCCGAACUGCACCCUACAGAGCCCGUCAAGCCAGCAAUUGUUUCAACAAAUUCUGGCUUAAUUCCAUCGGCCAGUACAACCACAGCCGUGGACAGCGAAACCUCUCAACCUUCUCAGUCAGAGUCGUCGAUUGCGCUCACCAAAGACGAUACCGAACCUGUCAAGCUGCUACUUCAACAGCUGAGUGAUGUGCACGAUGCUCUCCAGCGCGAUAAGACGGUGCGAUGGAACGAUUUCCUGCGCAAGGUGCGUGCUGAGCGGAAGCGUGAAGGUGAUGCGGCCAUUGCCGCUGCCAAGUCAGCUGCUGAUGCACGCUACGAACAACCUGCCAUGAUUCUACCAGAGACUCGAGUAGCUGAUGGAGAGAUGAUCGGAGUCUCAGGACUUGGAGUAAAGGGCAAGGUUGGGCGAGCCAAAUGGAACGAGUUCAAGACCCUGGUACUGGGAGGUAUUCCAGUUGCUUAUCGCGCCAAGGUGUGGUCUGAGUGUUCAGGGGCCACUGCUCUUCGUGUUCCUGGUUAUUACGAAGAUCUAGUCGCUCACAGCGGCGAGGACGACGAUGCUGUCGUUGUCAGCCAGAUUCAGAUGGAUAUCAACCGAACACUAACGGACAACAUCUUCUUUCGCAAGGGUCCAGGUGUGAAAAAGCUGAACGAAGUGUUGUUGGCGUAUUCCAGACGCAACAGGGACGUCGGUUACUGCCAGGGCAUGAACCUGAUUACCGCCAACUUGCUGCUCAUCAUGCCAUCCGCCGAAGACGCUUUCUGGAUUCUGACAUCAAUCAUCGAGAACAUUCUUCCUCACGGCUACUACGACCACUCACUUAUGGCUUCACGUGCAGACCAACAAGUGCUGCGGCAGUAUGUUGCACAGGUCCUUCCCAAGCUCUCAGCACACCUUGACUCUUUGUUCAUCGAGCUUGAGGCGUUGACCUUCCAAUGGUUCUUGUCCGUAUUUACAGAUUGUCUCAGCGCCGAGGCUCUUUUCCGUGUCUGGGAUGUUGUACUAUGCACCAAUGACGGCAGCACGUUUCUUUUCCAAGUAGCACUUGCGCUACUCAAGCUCAACGAAGGAAACUUGCUUCAGUGCAGCACACCCGCCGGAAUUUACACAUACAUCAGCCACCAGAUGACAGAGCAUGCUAUCAGUAUCGAUGGCCUGCUUCAAGCAAGCGAAGGAUUACGAAAGGUUGUUCGACGUGAAGACGUUGAGCAACGAAGAGAAAAGGCGAUACAGGCAGAAAAGGAUAUGAUGAUGGCCCGUGAUGGGGACUCAGCUAGAAGCAAACCCACCGCCGAGACCGAGAGCGAAACUGGCGAGGAGUAA